AUGUCGGAGAUGUAUGAGCUGCAACCCCGAGCCAGAGCUGCACCCUCGUCGCAGAGCUCCGACUCCCCUCCAGGCGCCCUUACGCCCGACGAAGACGACGACGCCCGCGAGCUCAGCGAUGACAUGCCGUCAGACCUCCGCGCUGGAGACACCCUCUCCCUGGACGACCAGGAGCUGGACCGCCGGACCGUCCGCAAGCUCGACGUCAUCCUGCUGCCUUUCCUCGCCCUGCUCUUCCUCUUCAACUCGCUAGACAAAUCGAACAUCGGCAGCGCCGAAUCCGCCCACUUCACCACCGAUGCCGGCCUUGACCGCGAGGAUGUCAACACCGCCGUUGCGCUUUUCUUUGUCUUCUUCGUCGCCUUGCAGCCCCUAGGCGCCGCCUUGGGCCGCAAGUAUGGCAUGAAGCGAUGGGUGCCCGCGUGCAUGGCCCUAUGGGGUCUUUGCACCACUCUCCAUAUCUGGGUACAUGCCGCGUGGCAGCUGUACGUUCUGCGCAUCACCAUAGCUACUCUCGAAGCCGGCUUCUAUCCCAUUACCGUCUCCUACCUCUCUUUGUUCUAUACCCGCUUCGAAUUCGGCAGACGCUUGGCCAUUUUCUACGGCCAAGCAGCUAUCGCCGGCGCGUUUGGUGGAGUUCUUUCGUACGCCGUCUUCUCGCACUUCCCCGUUGAAGAUGCCAACCCCACUACUUCGCCCUCCCGCAGCAGCUGGCAUUCGUGGCAGAUUCUGUUCCUGAUAGAGGGACUCACCACCAUGACUAUUGCUCUGACGGGCUUCUUCUGGCUGCCGGAGCGCCCGAAGACUUCCUGGUUCCUGAAUCCGGACGAGCGCGAAUGGGCCGAGAAGCGCAUCAAACGAGACAGGGAGGGUGAGGCUGAGCACAACUGGCCUAAACACUCUCCCUCCGCUCUUCCUACUCGCGAGGAGCCUGGCAACCUUGAAGCCCCACUCCGAUCCGCUCACUCCACUGAGGAAGCCCAAGGCCUACUAUCUGUCUCUCCCCACGGACAAGGCUGCCCAUCACCGCACGAAAGCUCAUCGAGCCUGAACACCACAGACCACGGCCUCUCAGCCCACGACGUCCUCUCAGCGCUCACCUCCUGGAAAGUCUACUACCUCCUCGUCUUCAACAUCCUCUCCGCCAUCCCCAGCACCGCCUUCUCCAUCUUCCUCCCCCUCGUCCUCUCCCCCCUCUCCUCCACCCCGGCCCUCGCCAACCUCCUCACCGCCCCGCCCUACCUCUGCGCCGCCGCCACCCUCUACGCCUUCACCUCCUGGUCCGACCGCAUCCGCGACCGCACCAAGCCCAUCCUCGUCUCCCUCGCCAUCGUCCUCGUCGGCUUCGCCGGCACAAUCUUCCUCCCCUCCUCCUCCUCCCCCACCGCCUCCGACCCGUCCCACCCUCCCCACCCCCACUCCCUCAUCCCCCGCUACCUCGCCCUCUGCGUCCUCCUCUCCGGCACCUUCAUCGCCUCCCCCCUCACCGUCGCCUGGCUCACCAACAACCUGCCCCAGCCGGGCAAGCGCGCCCUCGCCCUCGGCCUCAACGGCUGGGGCAACGUCGCCGGCGUCGUCGCCAGCGCCCUCUUCUCCCCGCGCUUCGCCCGCGACGGCUACCGCUUCAGCUUCGCGUGGGCCGCCGUCGCCGUCGCGUGCGCCGCCGCGGGUUUCGCGGGGUUCCGCGCGCUGCUGAAGCGCGAGAAUGCGGAGAGGGCGGCGUUGCUGGCGGGGUGGAGCGAGGAUGAGGUCGAGGCGGAGAGGAGGUGGGGGAGGGGGCCGGUUAGGAGGAGGCGGUGGGGGGGAGGUGGGGGAGGAGGAGGAGGAGGAGAGAGGGGAGGUGGGGCGGGGGCGGUGGCGGAUGGGGUCUUGGAGUGGUUGGAGAGGAGAGGUAACGCUGGUGGUGGUGUCGCGGGGAAGAUGGCUGGGUGGAUUGGGGAGUGGCGGGGCAUGGGGAGGGAGGGCGAUGAGAGGAUGACGUUUGUGUAUGGUUUGUGA